AAUAUAAAAAAUUGGAUAACAAUAUUAUAAAAUUGAUUAUUUUAUCACCUCACCUUUGCAAUGUUAAUCUCCAGAGGCAUAACUACUCUGAGAGCAAUUACAAAGUUCAAUAGAAAUAACACAGCGAUCAAACAAUGUUUCAGAAACGGCCAUCAUUGGAACUACCGUGUCGGACCUCCACCAACAUCUAAAAAUAUUGUAUUAGCUGCUGAAUUGAUACAAGGAUUUGCAUGGUGGUGGGUUUUAUGGCACCUAUGGACAGAACCUGAUCAUAUUUUGGGCGAAUUUGAAUAUCCUGAUGCAUCAAAGUGGACAGAUGAGGAAUUAGGAAUACCAUCAAAUUGAAUGGUUUCAUGUAGUUCAAAAAUAAUUGUAAAAUUAGUUUCAACCAUAAUUCAGUUAUAUUAUUAGAUAUAUAAUUCAUUGCACAUUUUAUAUGUGAUAAAAAGAAAACAAUGAUGAAAUAAACAAUUAUCUUGGACACAUAGCAUGUCUUCCUCCAUCCACAGGUACAGUAGCUCCAGUUAUGUAACUAGCAUCAUUGCUUGCAAGGAACACAAUAGUUUGGGCCACUUCUUCAGGCCUUCCAGGUCGCCCCAAGGCAUGAGUUUCUUGAGACCUUUUGAUAAAAGCCUCAUACUGCUCCAUGUUCAUACCUCCCCUUUUAUGCAAAUUAGUAACUGUUACUCCUGGGUUGACACAGUUGACUCUCACUUGUUUGGCUGCUAAUUCCAGUGCCACACAUCUAGUGAACUGGUCAACAGCUGCCUUUGACAUGCAGUAGGCCAGGACUCCUGGAAAUGCUCUGGUGCCAUUGACACUGCUCACAUUCACAAUGUUUCCUUGGGUUUUGAUAAGGUGAGGCACAGCCAGCAUUGUCAGAUGGUACAGAGACCUGACAUUGGUGUUCAUCAUCCUAUCAUAUUGCUCUAGGUUGGUGUUUUCAAUGCUACCCGACUCUAAAACUCCUGCAUUAUUAACCAAGACGUCUAGCUGGCCGAAAUGUUCAAUGGUUUUAUCUAGUAUGGCUUUGGUAUCUUUUUCAUUUGUCAACUCGCCUGUCAGGAGAAGAGGAAUCGAUUUGGUGGAACAGUCAGAGGCUACUUGUUUCAAGUUGUCCAAAUUUCUGCCGGCCAAGGCAAGAGUAGCUCCCAAGCUUGCGAGGUGUUUUGCUGUGGCUGCACCUAUCCCAGAACUCGCACCCGUGAUUAAUAUAACUUUUCCGGCAAACGACAUUUUCUGUAUAAAUCAAUUCUGAUUUUAUUUUUCAAGACGAUCAGUCAGUGGCAAAAAGAAGCCUAAGAUUGCUUUUAUCAGCUCUUAUCAAUGUGUUAUAUAUAUAGUAAAUAUGAGUCUGUUGGUUAACUGUUAUCUUAUUUUUAUUGAUAAUAAUUAUAAACAUUUAACAUGAAGAAAUAAUUUUACACUGAUGUCUAAAUAAU